AUGCUUCUUCGUCAAGAAAACACCCUCGUCUUCAGAUAUGACGCCGAAGAGCUCUGGGUGCAGCCCUGGGGCCCCAACGCCUUCCGCGUGCGGUCCACAAAGUCUAGCAUGAUGCCGACAGAGAACUGGGCCCUCCUCCCAGCCCAGCCCGUCGAGCCCGAGAUUCACAUCUCGGACGACGCUGCCGUCAUCACCAACGGAAAGGCCAAGGUUCACAUCUCAAGCCUGGGCAAGCUCGUCCUCGGCAACUCCCGCGGCACUGUGUCGAUUGAGGAGUACGUCCGGAACAGACGCGAUCUGCUCGACCCCAAGUGCAGCGCCAUUGAGGUUGAGGCGCGCGAGUUCAAGGGCAUCCCCAGCACCGACAACUUCCGCCUCACCAUGCGGUGGGAGAGCCCCGAUCCGGACGAGAAGAUCUUUGGUAUGGGACAGUAUCAGCAGCCCUGGCUCGACCUCAAGGGCCAGGACCUUGAGCUGGCCCAUCGCAACUCGCAGGCCAGCGUCCCGUUCGCCCUCUCGUCGCUCGGAUACGGCAUCCUGUGGAAUAACCCUUCCAUCGGGCGUGCCGUGUUUGGAAAGAACAUUACUACGUUCGAGGCCUACUCAACAAAGGCCCUAGACUACUGGGUCGUGUUUGGGGACUCGCCAGCCGAGAUCGUCGAGAGUUACGCUGGUGUGACGGGCAAGGUUCCAAUGAUGCCUGAGUACGGGUUGGGAUUCUGGCAAUGCAAACUUCGUUAUCAAUCCCAGCAAGAGCUGCUCGAAGUUGCACGGCAGCACAAGGCGCGCAAUAUACCCCUCGAUCUCAUCGUUAUCGAUUUCUUCCACUGGCCUAAGCAAGGAGAGUGGAAGUUUGACCCUACAUACUGGCCUGAUCCUGAUGCCAUGGUUAAAGAGCUCAAGGACAUGGGUGUUGAGCUAAUGGUCUCGAUAUGGCCAACGGUCGACAAGAAGUCAGAGAACUAUCACCAUAUGCUUGAGCACGGGUAUCUCAUCCGUACGGACCGCGGUGUGCGCACCGGCCUCGAUUUCGAGGGCGAGACGAUUCAUAUCGACGUGACAAAUCCAAGGGCACGAGAGUGGCUGUGGUCGGUCAUUAGGAGGAACUACUUCUCAAAGGGCAUCAAGACCUUUUGGCUAGACGAGGCCGAGCCUGAGUACACGGCCUACGACUUUGAUAACUACCGGUACUUCCUUGGAUCCAACUCAACCAUCGGCAAUGUCUAUCCCGUAGAGUAUGCCAAAGCUUUCUACGAGGGACAACAGAGUGAAGGCCAAGCCGACAUUGUCAACCUGGCCCGUUGCGCCUGGGCCGGCAGCCAGAGGUACGGCGCCCUGGUCUGGAGCGGUGACAUCGCCUCAUCAUGGGCUAGCUUCAGAAACCAGCUGGCAGCCGGUCUCAGCAUGGCCAUCGCCGGCAUACCCUGGUGGACGACCGACAUUGGGGGCUUCCACGGGGGUGACCCGGACGACCCCAAGUUCCGCGAGCUCUUUGUGCGAUGGUUCCAAUGGGGCGCCUUCUGUCCCGUCAUGAGGCUCCAUGGCGAUCGGGAGCCGCGACAGCCUCAGCAAGGCACCACAGGCGGCGCCACCUGCUGCAGCGGCGCAGCCAACGAGGUGUGGUCGUAUGGGCCCGAGGUCUAUAAUAUUUGUCGCAAGUAUAUCCAGGUUCGCGAGAGCUUGCGGGACUAUACAAGACGGCUGAUGAGGGAGGCCCACGAGAAAGGAAGCCCCAUCAUGAGGCCACUGUUUUACGAGUUUCCGGGGGAUAAGAGGUCGUGGGAGACGCCAACUCAGUACAUGUACGGGGACAGAUACCUCGUCUGCCCAGUGCUGGAGGCUGGCGCCCGCACUCUCGAGGUUUACCUUCCGCCCUUGGAAGACGAAUCCAAGUGGACUCACUUGAACGGCGGCAAGACCUAUACUGGAGGCCAAGUUGCCAAAGUUGCUUGCCCACUAGAUGAGAUGCCAGUAUUUACGAGGUAG